AUGGAAAGCCUCUCGGAUACUGAGAGCAGGAGCUCCCGGGAUGCGACCAGGAAAGACGCGCCCGGCACAACCGACAAUGCAGAGGAGAACAAAUUUCAGAAAGCCAUAGGCGCCUGGCGGAACAUCGAUCUGACAACCCUCGUCCCGCAGCUCGACACGGUAGCCUCAGACCUCGUAGCACACCAGAGAGAUACCCUCACCCAGCGCAAAGAUCUUGCGCAAAAGACCAAAGACUUUCGCAAGCUCGACGAUGCAAGCAGAUUGAAUGAUAUCAAAGCUCUACUAAAAUCGUACCAAGGCUUCAUCGACCUAAUAUCAAACCAGUCCAAGUCUGUGCAGGCCGCUUUCUUCCAAUUGUAUUCCCCGCUAUCUGAAGCCCCUGAUCCCUACCCGCUUCUCGAAGCAUCAAUCGACUCGUUAGUAACCGCCGAAGAAAUCGUACCGAAGCUCACGUCCGAGAAUGAACGCCUCCAGAAGACCGUGUCAAGAUUGACCUCACAAUUAGAAGAAGCGGAGAAGAAAUUAGAAGAGGAGCGAACGGCCCGCAAAGCCUUGGAAGACAGCAGAGAUAGCAAGAUCAAGGAAGUCGAGGCAUCGUGGGAAGCUGUGCUGGGCGAGAAACAGGACAAUUGGGAGUCCAAGGAGAAGAGCUUGGAAGAAAAAGUGGAGAGCCAGGACAGGUUGCUCAAGGAGCUAAAGGCAAGUUACGAGGUCUCGCAGAGGCUCGGCAAGGGCGACGACGUCGAAGCAGACGUUGGGCGGGGUGCAACAGCAGCUGAGCUCGAAAUCGUCAGCUCUGAGCUGGAGAGGACAAGUCAUCGUCUUGCUGAAGUCGAGGCUCGAAAUGAGCAGCUGCGUCUAGAGCUGGCGCAGUCCGCUUCGGCCCAUGUCACCCAGCAUGUUCCUGUAGAAGAUGACCCGGCCUACCUCCGGUUGCAGUCUGAAAACUCAUCACUGUUGCGUAAAUUGGAGUCAGCCCGAUUUGAGAAGGACUCGGAUAGAACACGCUUGGAGACCGAAACUCGUGGCCUAGAGCGCGAGAUCAAGACAUUGAAGAGCGAGAAGGACGCUCUUCGCGAGAAGGUUCAGAAGUGGAGUGACUACGACAAUGUCAAGCAGGAGCUCGAAGUGUUGAAGUCUAUAGAAUUCGCAACAGGAGAUGACGAUGAUGAAGCCACGGAGAUCGCAUUGUCACAGAAUGGCGGCACCAACAAGGACAAGGGCGAGACACUAGAGCAGCUUCUCCUCGCACGCAACAAGAAGCUCAGCAACGAGCUCACUGUACUGCGGGUCUCACACCAGGAUCUGCAAAGCCGGCUAGAAGCUCUACAAGACGAACUCUCCAACACCAAUAUGGAGCUAGAGAAAUCGAAGAACCUGAAUGAGACCUUGGAAGCUGACCUGGAGAAGGUGCAGCAAGAGGCCUCAAACGCUUUCGACCCAUCCGCUAUGUCAGUAGCCGGCACAUACACAUCACGAUACCCCCAAUCUUCCUUCGCCGGCACCCGUCGCGGAAGAGCCUCCUCGCCCACCUCAUCCAUCAUCUCAGGCUUCGACCCAGCUCACACCCAACAAAACACUCUCUCCGCCCUACGUGUAGGCGAAGCCCCAGUUGGCGGCUCCGGCAUCCUCCCCAUGGUCACCGCCCAACGUGACCGCUUCAAAAAGCGCAACGCCGAGCUCGAAGCCGAGCUCCAAAAGAGCUAUCAGAGUGUCUCCUCUCUCCGCUCUGAAGUUGGCGCCCUUCAAAAAGACAAUCUAGACCUCUAUGAGAAAACGCGCUACGUUUCAUCGUACAACCGCGGCCCUGCCUCCUCUGCUAAUUUACACACCGCAAAUCCUACCCAAACACCCUUGUACACCUCAAACGACACCUCCUCAGGCCUCACCUUGGACCGGUACCGCUCUACCUACGAAUCCAACAUCUCGCCCUUCGCUGCAUUCCGCGGGCGCGAGUCUGCGAGGGCGUUUAGGAGGAUGCACGUGCUUGAGCGUAUGGUGUUCAGGGUGACGAGACUUGUGCUACAGACGAGGACGAGUAGGAAUCUGUUCGCGGCGUAUUUGUUUGGACUGCAUUUCAUGGUAUUUUGGAUGCUGUUCUCCUACGCAGGCACGCAUACAAGCGCAAUUGCAGAUGUCGCGUAUGCGGGAGGACCAAUUGCGGCGGCGGCGGCGGCGGAGGAAGGGACGGUGUGGCAGAAAGAAGGAUUCGAUGAGGCGGCGACAUAA